AUGACCGAGCGCGGCAUGUUUGUAACGUAUAUCUUUUCAGUUCAAGUCGGCAUUGCGCUGCUUGCAAUUUGUUUGUACCUGGGCCUAAAUCAACGAGUUUCAAUCGAGUCGAAUACCGAAAACCGAAUUCAAUCCCGUGAAAUCGAGGAGGUUGCGACUACUGCAGUAAGCAUUCGGGAUGUCGCGCAGCUGAACGACAGAAUUUCGAUGCUGGAGAAGAUCAACUUUGACAAGCUCGGACCAACCGAUUAUGCAGCCCGUAUAUUUGGUGGGGAAGUUAUCUCGGUGGCAAGCCAUUUCUCGUCGGAAAACGGUAGCCUCCUGGCAAAAUUACAAAACAUCUUCCAGAAGCCCUCCUAUAACCAGAUGCAAUGUAUUGUGCAGGACUGUAGCACAUGUUUGAGCGUCGCUGGCAGUCAUGGCUCUAUCUAUCUGAAGCUAUCCGCUGAUAUAGUUUUACAUUCCCUCACGAUUGAACACUUCCCACUUCACGCAUAUCCGAAAAGCAAACAUGGAACAUACAGUGCCAUCAAAGAAUUUUCUGUCUGGGGAACAAACGAUUUGAAUGGUCCCGACCCAGAGAUCUGGUACGGUUCGUUUUGGUUUGACUAUAAACAGGAUUUCCUGCAAACCUUCCAUUUCGCGGCGGAUACUCAAACGCAAACUGUCCGUUACGUGCGUGUCGAAUUUUUCUCCAACCACGGCGAAGACUACACGUGCAUUUAUCGAUUGCGAGUGCAUGGAUUUUUAUUGUAA